UGUAGCUGAGGAGAAUAACCUGUAAUAACCAUUAUGAAGUGAUUGAGUUUUUGCUAAGUUGUGGAGCUGCAUUAAACAGAAUGAGAGGGGACAAAGGCGGAAAUACUGCUUUACACAAUGCUGCCAAAAGAGGCCACACAGCUAUCACCGAACACUUAGUAGAACAGGGUGCCGACAUAAAAAAGUGCAAUGAUGAGGGAUGGACUGCCUUACACAGUGCAUCAAAAGAGGGUCACACCGAUAUAAUAGACUUUCUAAUCAGCAGGGGAAUCGAUGCAAACAUUGCAGACCAGAAAGGAAUGACACCGUUACAUAUUGCAUCGGGUAAAGGUCAUCUCGAUUGUACGAAACGUCUGGUUUGCGGCGGAUCUGAUAUUCAUAAAUUUGACGAUGGAGGAUGUACAGCCUUACAUAUUGCAGCCAAAGAGGGUCAUGCAAAUGUGAUGAAAUUCCUCGUUCAUGAGGGGAAGAAUGUUGUUAAUACAGGAGAUAAAAAUGGAUUGACUCCACUGCAGUUUGCAUCACUUUAUGGUCAUUUGGAAUGUACAAGACUUCUGGCUAGUAUCACAGAUGACAUUAAUAAAGGCGAUAGUAGUGGACUGACGUCGUUGCACAGAUCCGCCGAAAACAAUAAGCUUGACGUGACAAAAUAUUUGGUUAACCAAGGGGCCCGCAUAACCGAAGGUGACAAAGAUGGCAGAACUGCAUUACACGUUGCUGCAUUAAAUGGACAUACCAGUAUCAUCAAAUAUUUAGCCAGCGAACUCAAUGUAAAUGUAGAUACAUUUGAUAGCAAUGGCCGGACUCCUUUGCACAAUACCACAUGGAAUGGCCACACUGAAGCCACUAACUACUUAAUCAGUAAGGGUGCAAAGGUAAAUAGACGAAACAAUAAGGGUUGGACACCUUUACAUCUUGCUUCACAGAAUGGUCAUCUUGAAGUUACCAAAUGUCUGAUAGCGAAUCGUGCUGAAGUGGACAAGAGUAGUAAAGACGGAAAGAGUCCGUUACACAGCGCGGCCAGAAACACACAUCUACCUGUUGCAAAAUAUCUCAUCGAUAACGGAGCUCUGGUAAAUAAAGAUGAUAAUGGUGGAUGGACCCCCUUACAUAUUGCGGCGCUCAGCGACAAUCUUGAUUUUACCGAAUACCUGAUUAGUGAAGGAGCACUAGUUAAUAGUCGAAAUCAAGAUGGUUGGACCGCAUUACAUAAUGCAGCAGGUAACGGCAAAUUGAAAGUCACUUGCCAUUUGGUUAGUCAAGGAGCUGAAAUAAAUAUAGGCAACAAGGAUGGGUGGACUGCAUUACAUAAAGCGGCACAGAAUGGUCACAUGGAAGUCACCAAAUGUUUGAUCCAAAACGGGGCAUUGGUUAACCAGGGAAAUAACGAAGGCAGAACUGCUAUGCACAAUGCAGCAGGAAAUGGCCAUGUUAAAAUUCUGGAAUAUCUCAUAAAAGAGGGAGGGGAUAUCAACCUGAGAAAUGACUAUGGCAUGACCGUUCUGCACAAUGCAAGCAAAAAUUGCCAGCUUGAUAUGACAAAGUAUCUCAUUAGUAAAGGGUUGGACGUGAAUUCCGCCGAUAUCGAUGGUUGGACCCCUCUGCACAGCGCAUCAAAGAAUGGUCAUCUUGAAAUCACUGAAUACCUUAUCAGUCAACAAGCAGAAGUCAACAGGUCCAACAAGGAGGGUGCAGAUGCUUUGCACAUUGCUUCAGGAAAUGGCCGUUCUGAAGUUGCAUCAUAUCUCAUCAAAUAUGGAGCCGAUAUCAGUCGGGAGGAUGUUGCAGGACGUACUGCUCUUCAUUAUGCUGCGAGGAGGGGCCAUCUCGAGGUAGCCAAAGAGCUUCUCAAUCAAGGAGCUGAUGUGAAAGCUUGCACCAAGAAUGGUUUAAAUGCAUUGCACUAUGCAGCAGAGAAUGGUCACAGCGAUAUAACGACGUACCUGAUCAAUGAAGGAAUUGAUAUCACGAAAUGCGACGACAAUGGAUCGAAUGCCCUACAUAAGUCUGCACGGAAUGGACAUCGUCAUGUCGCAUCAUGCUUGAUCAAUAAAGGGGCCUCGGUAAAUACAAGCAGCAACGAUGGAUGGACCGCCUUCAUUGGUGCUGCAGAGAAUGGCCAUAAGGACAUGGUCGAAUAUCUCCUUACUCAAGGAGCUAACGUUAACGUUAGUGAUAAAAAUGGGUUUACCGCAUUGCACGCUGCUGCCGCAAAUGGUCAUCUAGGAGUUGUACAAUAUCUUGUCAGACAAGGGGUGGACUUGAAUAAAGGUGAUAGCAAUGACAAUACUGCCAUGCAUCGUGCCUUCCAGAAUGGCUGCCUAGAUGUCUACGUAUUUCUCAUGUCACACGGAAGCUCCAUGAAUGAUUUCAAUGUGGAUGGAAAUGCACCCCGGGAUCCACAACCAGAUGACCCCCAAAGUGAAUCUCCACUAAUUGACUCAGAGGGCAAAGUCAAUCAACUUGACUCUCACGGGUUUGCUGCUAUCCACCACGCAAUGCACCAUGGCUACACCUCUGUUAUUGAGACACUGCUAUCACAGGGAGCAGAUAUCAAUAUCCAGUCAGGAGAUGGUCAGACGUGUCUGCAUCAUGCCAUAAAGCUGUGCUACAGGACGGAUAGAGAGGUAGAACCAACAGAAACACUAAAAAAGAUAUCUACUGACUUCUACCAUGGAGAUUUAUCACCGAAGAGAGCCCUUGUGAUAUACCUCUUAGAAAAUGGUGCCAACACAGAUAUGAGGGACACUUAUGGCAACCUUCCUAUUCAGUUUGCUAGAGAUGAACAGAUUCGUCAGAUGAUAUUUUCAAGAUUACCAUCGAUGGAGAGGAUAACUAGUUAUCGCGAGGAGAAAAGGUCUUCAUGCAACAAGCUAUACGUUGAAGUCGGCAAAGGACCGAAGCAAGUGGAGCUGGAGGACCACGGUAUAUCGAUCAAUUUUCCAGCGGGGAGCUUCCAGGAGCCGGAACCGUACAAGAUCAUGGUAUCGAUUCUUCAUCGUCCAAGCGUCGGCAUAGACAUAGCGGAUGACGAAUCAGUGGCGUGUUGCGGAAUACGAUUAGACCCUGCUGAUGUUGCCAUACAGAAGCCAGUGAAGAUCACCAUGCCACAUUCAAUCAGCUGCUGUGAUCCUGAUCGAGUAACACCAGACAUUGUCUCACUACUCCAGCACACAGGUUGGACGCAAGUGUCUCGGAGGAGUUACAUGCCUUCGUCUAAAGAGCCACCUUUUUGCAAGGUACACAAGGGCUACAUCGAUCUCUACAUAAACCAAUGUGCAGAGUGGUGGAUUCUUAUUCCCCUCAAGCAACGGUCAGGUCGACAGAGGGUAGUCUUUACUCCAUACGUACCAGACAUCAUUGGUCUAGGCCAAGAACUUCUUAUUCGACUACACAUACAUACAGACAGUCCCUUUAUUGAAGAGCAAAUACACGAGGAGGAAAGAGAAAAGGGAUAUCGCAAAACUCAUCGAUCGGUGCCAUUCGAAGUCGUUCUACAAUCCGGUGACAUCAAUCUGUUGUGUGAACGUGAUGAUAGAGAAGUUGGAAAGAAGUUGAUCUGUUUGGCGGAUAUUCGCAACCAAAUUAGACAAUGUGUGGACCUUGAAGUGCGCCAGAACGUCAGGGAAACGUCAGAAUUCCACCUGAUGACCAUCGUAUUAUCACAGGUUGGCAGUCGUGAGCUAUCUCGAUCUCUCUCAUUUGUCAUCCGAUGUCGAGACGAACCGCCAAGCCCUAUUUCGAUAUAUCGACCAAAGGAGGAAAUGCUCCGCCAUGACCUGUCAGAUAUUGAACUUAACAACAUCGCCGAAGAGAUUACAGUUGACCAAUACUACGACUUGGGUGUAGCUUUGGGGUUCAACAUACCACAGCUGGAUAAUCUUGAGUACAGCAGACUUCGAAACAGGGAGCAAGCCACGUAUGAUAUGUUGGUCCAGUGGAGAAAAGGACAGGGCCAUGAAGCGAAGAAGGAACUUCUUUCCGUCAUCAAAUCGGUCGGCACUCCAAGAGAGCAGAUCGAUAUUCAAGCAUUGAAUCUUGACACAAAACGUGAGAUUCCCGACGAGACGUUGGUGGCGCUAGCCAGGGAGAUGAACAAGAUGAAAGAAGAUCAGUUCUUCAAGGUCGGAAAGAAGUUAGGGCUAAAGCUAACCGUUCUGCAGCAUAUAUUAUAUCGGACAUUGUCAAGAAUGAAAGACGCUACUGUCCAGAUGCUCUCCAAAUGGAAAACCUCUCAACGAAAUAAACGCGAAGCGCUUCGGAUGUUAAAAAGCGUUUGGAAGUCAUUACAGUCUGCAACAAAGAGAGAUGCUUCGGAUUUGCAAACAACAGCAUUUCCUGAUGAGGACAUCGAUCUACUAGAAGUGGGACCAACUAAAAAGGAGCUUCUGAGUGUCGCUCGAGAAGCUCAAAACGUAGAGACACUUGGAAAAGCUCUUGGAGUGGACGAUGACAUCAUCUCCAAAUGUCUCCAGUCAAUAGGCACGACCAAGCCCAAAGUCUUGAGAGUUGUCAGCAUGCUUCAGGAUUGGGUUAAGCUAGGAGGGACCAGAGCAAGACUCCUUGAAAUAGCCCAAGCGUUGCACUUCAACGAUGCCGCUCUGACCAUAGCAAAAGCUGGACGUAACCAAGAGGGAUGUACAGGAUUCUUUUCUUGUGAUGCCAUCGACCAUUGGGGCAGGGAUCUGAAUAUAGAGGAACUUGGCAUACGACUCUCUAUUCCUCCAGGAUGUGUGAAGACAGGCAGGACCUCCUUAGCAACGCUUCACGUGUUUAGCCAUAGUGCUUUUUCUUUGCCUGUUCGUGAUGACGAGAUUCUUAUUUCUCCCGUUGUCGAAUGUUCUUUGAAAGUAGAGGAAACAUCCAACCUUACGAGACUUAAUCUGCGGCAUAAUCUCAAUCUUUAUGAUCUUCAUGAUCUUCGUCAAAGGGAUCAUUUACCCUGCCUUAUUCUGUACCGCAAGAAAGAAUUAGGGUAUUUUGAGCGCAUAGCCUUGGAAGGUACUCAGAUAUCAGAUGACACUGUUGAGAUUCCUUGCUGUGAUAGUCAGAUGUUGGCGACAUCGUUGACCAAUCUCCAAGCAGUGAAGUUCCACUGUGUAGCAUUCCAACCGCUCUACAUGCCUUCAUCACGCAACCCAGUCCUACAUUUUCACAUAUUCCUCCCAUGUCGGAGAUACCUCAAGGACAUUGUGCGAGAGGAAGGAAGACCACCAAUGCCGUAUUGCAGGAUGAUGGACAUGGUUCCAUUCAACGUGCAUUCAGGGGAUACCGACCUUACGAUCAGGUGCAACGAUGGGUCAGAAAGUACUCGACAACUGGUCUCUAUUCGUCGUCUUGUAAAAGAAAACUGCAGUAUAGUCAUUCAGCUCUGUUUCCUGGAAGGGGAAGAACAAAAGACACUCUGCCUCUGCAUAGAGCAGGGAACCUCGACACUUGUCCGGCAUGUGUUCACCACCACAAUUGAAGCUUUUGAACCAGACUAUGAUAGCGACACACACAUUGUGUCUCUAUUCGUCGUCUUGUAAAAGAAAACUGCAGUAUAGUCAUUCAGCUCUGUUUCUUGGAAGGGGAAGAACAAAAGACACUCUGCCUCUGCAUAGAGCAGGGAACCUCGACACUUGUCCGGCAUGUGUUCACCACCACAAUUGAAGCUUUUGAACCAGACUAUGAUAGCGACACACACAUUGUACAAAGGGAUGUCCCAUUUGCUACGAAUGCUACAUUAGAUAGAUUGGUCGCUAACCUGAGCAGCCCACAGGAGGCCAGGUCUCUCGGCUAUAAACUUGGCUUCUCGUAUCCAGCCGUGGAGAAGUACAUCAGCAAAGACGGCUCAUCAGACACCUCUGAUUCCAAGUCAGGAUUCAGCGAGAUGCUUUAUGAUUGGAGGAGAAGGACACGCCCAUCGGAACAGAUAGACAUGCUUUACCAAGCCGUGGCGGAUGCUGGACUAGAACAUGCUAUCGCGGAUGAAAUUGAGUGAAUAGUCUUCAAGAAUAAUUGUAACAAAUACUACAUUCUAUAAACUGCAGGGAUUUAUAGUAAACCCACAUGGACUGUGGUUAGGGUAUCAAAAUUCUAGAUUUAGAUUGAAUCCUAGAAAUUCCCUUUUUUAUGCGCCGUGAGCACUCUACAGAAUGGAUUUGGCGCUUUAUAAGUCACAAGUAUUAUUAUUAUUAUCAUUAUAAUUAUUAUUGUUUUAAUUAUUAUCAUCAUUAUUAUUAUUCAAUUUCGAGGGAUCCUUUGAGAUUUAAGAAUGAAUUUUCAAAUCCAGAAUUUGAUUGGUCUCUAACUACAGUAUACUUGGAUUUAUUUUAAAUCCCUGUAAAUUUAUAGUGUAUAUACAGUGCGUAUAAAAAAAACGGGACAGAUUUGAAAAGUCUAUAAAAUUUUAGUUUCAAAUAAUAAUGUCUAUAUUUUGGUGUUAAUAGAUGCUCUAAGGUCUUAUCUUUGAAAUGCAAUUUAAAAAAAUAAAUUUUAUUCAUGCUUGACCGAACACGGGACGUUUUUGUUGGGGGUUCAAAAAGAGGCUUGCGCCAGAAUUGCAGAAUAUGUGUAAUACAAUGAUCAGACUUCUUGCUAAUCAGGAGACUUCCUCUUGACCUUUUCAUUAUCUGUGCCACAAUUUUCGAAUUAUGUUGUCAAAUUUCAUUUACAAAGUUAUUUAUUUAAUUGAAUUAUUUUGUUUUUUCAUUUAAACUUCUCUUACCUUUUAAUUUUCCUUCAUAAGUAACUGAGAAAAGAAGAUUUUUUUUGUUAACCCAAGCAAGAAGAUUUGAAUUAUUAAUUGGGAAAACUUGUGAUUAUUCAAACCGUUUUAUUAUGUGAAACAAAUUAUGUUAUGUACCUUUAAAAGACAUGAAUCUAUUUUUCAAUGGGUCAUUAAUUCGUUGACCAAGUUUAAUUGCUUGACAGGAAACACAGGAAGGGAUUCAUGUCUUUCAAUGACAAUGGUGUAUUGAGUCAAUUUUGAAGGAGCUAGAUAUGGCAGAUCGGGUAAAAUGUAUUAAAAAGUUGUGAGCGAGCGAAGUGAGCACGCAAUAUUCCCACUUUUUUUAAUUACAAUAUCAAAUUUUGUGAUAGAUUUUGACAUAAUAUUCAGCAAAUAAUAUCAUAUUUUACUUUCUAUCUUUCCUUUUAUUUCCUGUCCACUUUUUUUCUUGGUCAUGAUUUUUUUUAAUUGAGGGGGGGGGGGGAGCAACCCCCGAGCGCCCGCCCAUCUGUGUGGCUUUGUUCAAAAGGCACCAUAACCUUUGUAGCACAUAAUGAAAGGAUUUGAAUAAAAAAUCCAUGCUCUCCCAUAAUUCGGUUGAAAAAAUAAUUUUAGCUUGAAGAAGGAAUAUUCAAAGCUAACAGAGAGCAUAUUAAAAAGAAAUAACAGAAUAAUUCAAUCAAAUAAAUAGAUCUGAAAAUGAAUUUUGACCGCAUGAUUUGAAAAUUAUGGCAAAGAUAAUGAAAAGGUUAAGAGGAAGUCUGCUAAUUAGCAAGAAGUCCGAUCAUCAUAUUACUCAUAUUCUGCAAUUCUGGCGCAAGCCUCUUUUUGAACCCCCAACAAAAACGUCCCGUGUUCGCUCAAGCAUGAACAAAACUAAAUUUUUUAAAUAGCAUUUGAAAGACAAGACCUUAGAGCACCGAUUAACACCAAAAUAUAGACAUAAUAAUUUGAAACUAAAAUUUUAUAGACUUUUCAAAUCUGUCCCGUUUUUUUUUUAUACGCGCACUGUAUAGAAGUGAUUUUGAAAAGGUGUUGAGGAUACGGUCCAUAUCAUGCUACUACUUUUUUUUUUACAUUUUAGGCCAAAAUAUGCGUUGUGGAUAUUGUGCAUUAUUUACUUUCAUAAUAUCGCGCUACAAGUAAUAGUCUGUUUUAUUCUAUUGAACUGUUGAAGAAAAGGUCGAAUAUUGAUCAUGUCCCUAUGAUGGGGGAGGAGGGUUGAGUAUAUACCCAAAAUGAAAGUUUUCAUAUAGUGAUUAAACUCAUAUCAAAUCAGGUGUUAUCAUUCAACGAAAACGUAUGUUCUACAUGUUACCCAUAAACUGGACAAAGGCAGAAUAAAAUGUUGAUUAUGAAUGAUAGAAAGCCUAUAUCGUACUCUAAAAUUACUGGGUAUAUGCAAUUGCGAAUCUCCAUUCACGUCAUCUUCUUCUGAGUCGAGGAGAUAAGCUCAAAGGGAGCUCUAUACCAACAUAGAGGUAGUUUUACCUUUCCCUUUUUUUCAAAUGCAAGUAUUAGUUUAGAUAAACUUUCCCGCGGUUUAAAUCUCUUACAUUCCUUAACUGUACAUAUUCAUUAUGUUUUAAAUAUGUGAGUAAUAUUACAUUAUAAACUAUGUUAACUACGGGUUCUUGAUGGUAUUAAACUUUCUCUCUUGUGCAAUAUCUAUAUAUACUCAUACCAAAGACCUUGUUCUGAAUUGUUGACAUGUUGUUUAUACACUGCCAGUGAUGUGCGAUUGCAACCUCAGGACGCGAAUACAAUCGGAAUACCAUCGCCUUCCGUUCAUUAUGAUAUAUGCAAUCUAAAUCCAAUUUACUUCUCUUCAUAAUUGUAACUAUUCAUGUGGAGAACUGAAAGUUUCAUACAUCGCUAUCGAACUUGCUUUGUUCCGCUCCAAAAUAAUUCACGAAUCAGACUUCGAUUAAAUGAUAAGGCUGUUUGAUUUGUAGGCUAACAUCAACAUACCACGUCUUGAUUUGCUUGUGAAAUCUUAACUCUCCGUUGCCAUUGUUAGAGAUGAUUUUGAUUGAAACUUAGCAGGUUUUAACAACAGAAACAGACACUUGAAAUUAUGAAUACGAUGUGUAUGGUACACUCGAACAAAUAUAAACACGAAUCAACUUGCCUUUCGAUUGCAGCAGACGAACUUUUAGAAUAUGUUCAUUCCCAUUGCACUUGCAGGGUUAUUGUAAAGUGAAUGAAAAUGUACCUCAUCUCGUCAAAUUUAUUUUGAACACUGCAUUACUUUCCUGCACAAAAUUUCGAGUUAUAUGUACAAGUCAUGUAAAUAUAUAUAUCAUGUGUAAAUAUAACAUUAAUACAUCGAUUCGAUGACAUGAUGUAUUCGUUAUUGCCAUGCUAUUUAACCACAUUUUUUUCCGUAUAAACUGUCUCAUGCAUUUUGCUGUGAAGCCUUCAGGGAUAUGCUUGAUAUUACGUCCAAACAUAUCAAGCUAUGACACACACGCACAAACUUGCCCUCACUCUCGCACAUUCACCCCACCCACUCACCUUCACACACACGCACACACACAUUACGUUAUGCACCCGAGAAGACAUAACCGUGUCAUCCCAAUCCGUACAUAUUUGAACGUACUAUAGUACGUACCAUGGUUAUAUAUAACCGUGGAUGCUUUAACUAUCGCUAUCGGUUUACACAUAGUCCAUGGUUUACAUGAGCACAAAGGCGCCAAGGCUGUGUACAAAAACAACUGAUUUGAUUUUGGAGCUAAAAUAGAAUAUUGGAUAAGUUGUGCGGAAAAAAGUUCACGCGGGUAGCUUAAUUUAUGAAAGGUUUUGUUCAACAGAUGCGAAGAGGUAAAGAGUAAACAUAACCAAGUUCCAUAAUUUUAACAAUAUGGUUUAUUCUUGGUGAUAAAAAUCUAUUCUGUCCACGCACUGUGAAUUUCUUUUACAUUUCCAAGGGUAAAAUUGUUAUGGGGUGUAGUAUUAUGAGUUGUGUUGAUUUAUAACUUUUAUGUUUACGAAUUACAUGUUUUGCUGGUACCUUUGAUAGUGCAGUAUAUGAAGUUAUUUGUAAGUUUAUGUUUUGUAUAAGUAAUCCAUGAUUGCUGUUUGUUAAUCUUGUCACUGGAAACGGGAAAAUCAGUAAAAGAAUACUUUAGAACAAAAAAAGAAAAGUAUCGAAGCCACCAAAAGGCACGUUUUAAGAGAGGAACUAUAGAACGUUACCCGUUUCAAUGUGCCGGAGAGAAUCGUCAACAACCGAAAGUUUUUUACAAAAUGAUUUUGCAGUCUCAAACAUCAAGUGCACAUAUUAUGCAGUGACUCACGGUGGAACAUCCAGUAUGGACCUUGUGGGAUGUACGAAACAAUUCUUUCCUUCCUUAAAGAGGUUAUAGAAACAGCCCCCCCC